GUUCUCAAAUGUAAGGUGUAAAGAAGGGCUUCAAACAGGAAGUCUUCUUGAAAGUGCGUAUGCUCUGAUUCAGUUUUUAUCUGUUGAGAGGACCAAAUCAUUCACACAGAGAAGAAACUGUCAUUCUGCUGUCCAGAAGAUGAUGAAUAAUACCACUUGUCCUCGUGUCAGCUUGGACUUUACAGGCAGAUUCCUGCUUCCUGUUUACAUCUUAGUGUUCAUCAUUGGUCUGGUGGCUAAUGGAUUGGGACUGAAGUCUCUGCUGCACAACUGGACGAAGCUGGGUAAUGUCAACGUGUUUGUUUUCAACCUUGGACUUACUGAUGUUUUGUACCUGCUCACACUCCCAUUUUUGGUGGUGUACUACUUCAUGGAGAGUACCGGUAAAUGGAUCUUUGGAGAAACUUUCUGCAAGAUAACAAGAUUCUGCUUCAAUGUGAAUCUAUACGGCAGCAUUGGAUUCCUGACUUGUAUAAGUGUGUACAGAUACCUGGCCAUUGUUCAUCCAAUGAGAGCGAUGGGAAGAAUAACUGUCACCCAUUCUGUGAUGAUCUCGGUCACAGUCUGGCUGUUGGUGAGUGUUCAAAGUCUUCCAGACAUGUUCUUCCCCAAGGCACCUAGAAACAACACUGAAAAAUGCUUCGAUACCACGGAUAACGACCACGUUGGGGAUUAUCUGAAAUACACUCUUGGAUGGACCCUCACUGGGUUUUGUAUCCCGUUACUCAUCACACUGGGCUGCUACGGACAUGUGAUUGUUGUUCUCUGCAGCACAAAUACUAUUGACAAGGUACUGAAACAGAGAAGUUUAAAGUUGAUGUUCAUCUUGAUUCUUCUCUUUUCUGUCUGUUACAUCCCCUAUCAUGUAUUCAGAAACCUCGACCUCUUGGCAAGAGUUCUUACCAAACAGGGGAUAUGCUAUAAAUGGUAUGACAGAGUCUACAUUGCUCGUCAGAUAAGUCGUGUCCUUGUGUGUCUGAACAGUGCUCUCAACCCUCUGGUUUACCUCCAUACACAUGAAGACAUUCGUGCUCAGCUCAGACGACUGAUCCAGCAAGCUCGUCAGGCUGUCGUGCAGCCGUCCGUCCCCCCUACUCAAUUUUCCCUGGUGCGAAAUAGUCUGACAUGAGAAUGAAACUGAAUAAUUGCAUUGCAUCAUCUUCCACUAUAAUGCUGUCAAGGUUUUCGUCACUUUGCUGUAAACCUGCUCCAAAAGAUGAGAUUAAACAAUUCAGUUCCCUUUAAUGAUUCUGAAAAUGUCUGUGUUAUCUCUUUGAGAGAAUAGAACCAGAUAUUGUUGACAACAGUCUCAGUAAAAUACCCUAAAAGGAAUUGUGUGAAUGUUUAAAAAUAAAUGCGAUAUCAAAUUGUACCUCAAAGUGAUGCACAGGAGGAUCAUCACGGCAUAAUGGCACAUUUAGUUGCACUGGUGCAGAAUGUAACUGUCAAACAAAGUGUGAAUUCAGAAAGAAACAAUACAUAUCACCGAUGUAAACGACUUUGUCUGCAUUGUUGUGCAAAAUAACUACAACUUUAGUGUUUUUACUGCAACAGAAUAUUAAUAAUUUUGAUUUUAUUCAGUUGAGGAAAUCCAACGACCUGUUGGUUAAUUAAGCCAUUUUAAAACCCGUUGGCUGCACUACUUGGUGCAGCCAACGGGUAUAUAUUAUAACUAAAUUUUAAGAGUCUAAAGACAUGUGGCACUGUGACAUAUUCCUGUUCACUUAAUUCAAACAUCUGCAUGCUAACAUGCUCACACUGACAGUCUGAUGCUAAUGAUAAUCAGGUGUAAUGUUUGCUUACCAAGUACACAUUGCAACUGGAAUGCUAAAUUGCUGAAAUGUUUAAAAUGACAUUUCAUCAUAAGACAGGCUUGAACAUUUGUACAAUUUUCAUGUUAAUCUCAGGAAUUGUUAACCUACAGCAUAACAAUCAUCUGGAAUUUAGACUUUAUAUCACAGUUAUGGUUACCCUUUACAGUCACACAUUUUUAUAUCAGUCUGCAUUGUUUUGUAGCUAAAUGUCUUAUUCCGAUGUUCAAAAACGUGCAUGGCUCAAAAUAAAACAAACCUA